AGAACAAACCGUCUCCUACUUCUACAUCAUAAUCCCCCUCUCCAUCUCUCGUCCCUUCCUCCUUCUUCCUCCCUCCCUCUCCCCAACCCACACGACACAAUCACCACCUCCGAGUAAUUGUGAUACAUUGCAAUUCACUCCUACAUAACACAAAACAAUCACCAUGAAGUUGUCCAAUCUGCUGCUCAUAGCGGCGGUUGCUGGCCAGGCCGCGGCGUCGUGGGGCUUCGGCAAGACCACAUACAACAAAUGGCACGAGACAGAACUUGAGCGUUGGCUGAGCGACCACGACAUCCCUUACCCUAAGCCCGCCGAGCGUAAGGAUCUCGAGAAGAUUGUCCAGGACAACUGGCAAACCCGGAUCGUCGAUUCUUACAAGAACUGGGACGCUCCCCAGCUCCAGAGCUACCUGAGCGACGCAGGAAAGGAAGUGGACAAGAAGCAGAAGGAGGACAAGAAUUGGCUCGUGCAGCAGGUCAAAGCAGGAUGGCACGAGACUGAGAAGACGGCCGAGAGCGCUUUCGGUAGCAUCAAGGAUUGGAUCUUCGAUUCAUGGACCGAGAGUCAGCUCAAGAGCUUCCUGGACCGCCACGGAAUUCCCAACCCUACCCCACGGAAUCGCGACACCCUCUUGGCAACCGCUCGCAACAACUAUCAGAGUGUUGCCGACAAACUCGGCGAGACUUCUGCCUACCCCGGAAACUGGCUCUACGAGUCUUGGAGCGAGAGUGAUCUCAAGCGUUGGUUGGACGAACACGGAUAUCCAGCACCCCAGCCUUCUUCCCGAGACAAGCUCAUCGCUGCUGUCCGUCGCAAUUCUCGCUUGGCUUCCGUUAAGGCUGCCAAAGACAAGGAAUCUACAAAGAAGAGUGUCUCCGACGCCGUUUUCAACUCCUGGUCCGAUAGCAAGCUGAAGGAGUUCCUCGACACGCACAACGUCAAGGUUCCCCAAGGUUCCACUCGCAAUGAGCUCAUCGCUUUGGCCCGUCGCAACAAGGCUUAUUACUCCGGCGAGUCUGCUGCUUCCUCUAUCUCCAGCGCUGCGUCUGCUGCUACUUCCGUCGUGGGCGACAAGGCUUCCAAGGCUACCGACACUGCGAAUUACUACGGCCAAGUUGCCUUCGACAAGGUUAUCGAGCAGUGGAGUGAUACCAGACUGAAGGCCUACCUCGACUCUCGUGGAGUUCCCGUUCCCCAGGCUUCCAAGCGUGACGAGCUUUUGGCCAAGGUUAGGCUGCACAAGCACAAGGCCGCAACCGGAUACGGUGCCUGGACUUUCGAUACCUGGACCAAGGAGAAUCUGCGCGCUUGGCUGGAGGCUCGCGGCCAGAAGGUGUCCAACAACGCCGCUGCUUCCCGCGACCAGCUCUACGCUUCUGCUACUGAAUACUAUAGCAGCGCGUCUCGGUCGGCUGUCUCUGCCGCCGCUGAAGCUUCCAAGACUGCGUCUAAGUCAGGUUAUUCUGCCGGCUCCAAGAUCACCGAUGCCGCUGGCAGUGCCGCUUCCGUUGCUGCCGACUCCGUUGCAAGUGCAGCAUCCAGAGCUACCGACUCUGCUGCUAGUGCUUCUUCCGUCGUCACCGACUCCGCUGCGAGCGCUGCUUCCGCUGGUACUGAAGCCGUCACCGAAGGUUCUAAGCAGGCAUUCGCAUCCCUCACAUCUGCUCUUGCUCAGGCUACCGACACGGCUAAGGAGGUUACCUUCGACACUUGGUCCGACAGCGAUCUCAAGGCCUAUUUGGACACCUACAACAUCAACACCUACCAGGGAACCACCCGCAACGAGAUGAUCGCCAUGGCUAGACGGAAUGCUCACUACUUCCGGUACGGAAGUCAGGACCAGGGAGUCUGGGGACAGUUUCAGGCUACCAUCGGUUACGCGCAAGAUAAGCUUGGCUCACUAUUGGGUUUCGGUGCCCAUCAGGCACAGAAGGCCGGGGACCGUGCGUACGAGAGUGCGCAGGUAGCCGCCGAUGCCGUCAAAGAGAAGGCCACCCAGGCUUCUAACCGCGCGAAGGAGGAGUUGUAAAUGGGCUAAAUGAAUCGUUUCCUCGCGUUUUUCUUUUGUUGUGAUGCCGGUGCAUGUUACCUUACU